CUUCUCUUCAUUCCCAUCUCUCUCCUCUUUCUUUCUUUCCCUUCCUCCCUCCUUUGUGAUCCUCGAAUCUCCCAAGCUGGCCUCUUUUGCGGCACCUCCAAAGCCCCUCUCUCUUCCCAUUACAUCCCUGUCUUCGUCCGAGAAAUGCAGUCUCUCUCCCAGACCAUCACCUCUCAGAACUGGGCCUCUCACUCUCUUAAUCUCUCUUCCCUUCCCAUCUUCGGCUUCGCUCAGUGCUUCCGUGACCUUUCCCACACCGAUUGCCUUCUCUGCUACGCUGCCAGCCGCACCAAGCUCCCUCGCUGUCUCCCCUCUCUCUCGGCCCGCAUCUACCUCGACGGCUGCUUCCUUCGCUACGAUAACUACAGUUUCUACUCGGAAGCCAUUGAUCCUGUUAGGGACACUCUGAACUGUAGCUCCUCAUAUGGUGUGGUGGAGGAUGAAAGAGGUGAGAGGCGGGAAUUUGAGAAGAGUGUCGGCGACGUGCUUGAUAAUGUGGUGAGGGUUUCGCUGGGAGAGGGAUUAGGGUUUGGUGUGGGAGAGGUUGGGGGAGUUUAUGCCUUGGCUCAGUGUUGGAAGACAUUGCGAAGUGAUGAAUGUGGUAUUUGCUUGAGGAAAGCAGCAAGGGAUGUGAGAGGGUGCUUGCCUAAGAGGGAAGGAAGGGCAUUGAAUGCUGGUUGCUAUUUGAGGUACUCAACUCGCAAGUUCUAUAACGAAGCUGGUGAAGAAGAAAAGGGUCAAAAGGGGUCAUUUAGGAGGGGAGCGAUCAUAGCGACAGUGUUAUCUGCGGCUGCAGUUGUGAUGCUGUUUCUCUCUGCAUUUUAUGUUGUCUUGUCAAGAUUAUCAAAGAGGAAGAAAGAUAAAGAAAGCAAUUAUCUUGGUCAGAUUUCCAUUUCCAUAAACAAGUCGAGUUUGAAUUUCAAAUACGAAACUCUGGAGAAGGCCACGGAUUAUUUCAACUCUUCAAGAAAAAUUGGGCAAGGAGGGGCUGGGUCUGUGUUCAAAGGGACUCUUGCAAACGGGAGAGUGGUGGCUGUCAAGAGAUUAGUGUUCAAUACCAGGCAAUGGGUUGACGACUUCUUUAACGAAGUGAAUUUGAUUAGCGGAAUUGGGCACAAGAAUCUCGUCAAACUCCUGGGCUGUAGCAUUGAAGGCCCCGAAAGCCUCCUUGUCUACGAGUACCUACCCAACAAGAGCUUGGAUCAAUUCAUUUUUGAAAAGAGCAAAAGUCAGAUUCUAAAUUGGAAGCAGCGUUUAAAUAUAAUAAUUGGAAUAGCAGAGGGGCUUGCGUAUCUUCAUGCAGGAUCUAAUCUAAGAAUAAUCCAUAGAGACAUCAAAAGCAGCAACAUUCUUCUGGACGAGAAUCUCACUCCUAAGAUUGCAGACUUCGGCCUGGCCCGAUGUUUUGCUGCCGACAAAACGCAUCUUAGCACGGGCAUCGCCGGAACACUAGGAUACAUGGCGCCUGAAUAUCUUAUUCGAGGACAACUAACAGAUAAAGCAGAUGUGUAUAGCUUUGGAGUACUUGUUCUGGAAAUUCUAUGCGGCCGAAGGAACAACGUCUUCAGAGAAGAUUCUGGCUCCCUUUUACAAACAGUUUGGAAACUCUAUCGAUCAAAUCGAUUACAUGAAGCUGUGGAUCCAUGCUUAGGAGAUGAUUUUGCAGCAGCAGAGCUGUCAAGGGUGCUUCACAUAGGGCUACUAUGCACACAAGCUUCGGCUUCCCUGAGGCCAACCAUGGAAGAAGUUGUGGAGCUGUUAAGUAACUCAAAUGUGGAUGUUUCUGUACCAAAUCAACCCCCAUUUUUGAGUACUGGCACUGGGUUGCCAAACUCAGAGAGCUCCAUUAGGUCUUACAGCACAAACAGUUUGUUUCAAAUGCAUUGAAGAACAUUGGAAUGUUCGAAGUAUCAUCCUCGGAGACCUUCAGCACUCGUGGCUCAGAGGGGCCAUCAAGAAUUGAGGACCCCAUAAACCAAGCUUAAUUCUUUAACAUGGUGCGGCUUCAGGGUCCUGGAAGGUUUUUCACUCCGUAAAUGAGCGCGCGCGAUUAGUCGAGGUCAAAUGUGAUAUGUUUGUCUUGGAUCCAAAAAAGUAUUCUUCUAUUUCUAAAUAUAAGACUCAUUUUAUAAUGUAAAUUUAAGCAAAAGAGGAUAAUAAAAAUUAAUAGACAAAUAGAGACAAGAAUCUGAGUGAGACAAUGUUCGAACAAGGACGAUUCACUAACUGUCAAAAGUUAGAGCAAAAUAGGGCAAUUAACGCCAUCUUUAAAUUGUCACCAUUGGCAUAAUCUUCGCCUGCGAUUUUGUUAAUUUAUUUAUUUCUUAGGCAGCAAAUUUUUCUUUUGAUUAUUAAUGUGUUGUAAUUUUUUUAUUUUUUUACUGUAUGCCCGUAAAUUGAUUUUUUGCGUUAUGUAUAUGUCAGGUACUUUGAUACUGCAAUCUCAGAACCAAUUUUGUUAUA